AUGACUUCGACCCAUCUCCUACCCCCAGACCUCCUCGAGUCUCGAAUUUCAACACUAGAUCUCCUUCUAGCCAUGUUCCCCUCCACCAACGAAUACGAAAUCUCACCUUCAGACCUAGAUCUCAUCACCAAUAUCCGCGACAAUGGAAGCGAAAGCAUCACGUCCACACCCUCAGAAGUCAAUCUAGCUUUACAUGUUUCUCUUGAUGCUUCACAUUCCAUUCAAGUUAAUGUAAAAGCACCGUUACGGACUUCUGAGGUUGAACCUGCAGAAGCGCCAACGAUCAUGUUUUCAUUAAGACAACCGGUUUGGCUUGAUAAAGCGAGUCUGGCGAGUUUGACUGAGAAGCUUCCGGAGGAUAUCUUCAGUGCUUUGGACUUUUUGCGGGAUGAAGGGCCUUCGAUCAUCCCUUCUGAAACAAGAAAAAGUACAGCUGCAGAAGCAAAGGCAUCGACGGGGCCUUUGGUGCGUGUGUGGUUUUACUUUCCUUCUCUCAGCACAAGGGAAAAGCGGCAACAUAUGGUUGAUUGGGCACCUUCCUACUCUCUGACUGGCUUUGUUCUUGCUGGAAAGCCAGGAAUGCUAUGUCUCGAAGGCUUAGCACCUGACAUCGAUGCCUAUAUGAAUGAGAUCAAGACAGUCAGCUGGGGCGAUAUUCCCUCACAUCAGAAAAAGGUGUCAGAGAGAUACAGAGAAACUGGUCCAGAGAUCACAAGGGCAUUUGAUGGCAUGAUAGAAAUUACUGAUCUAGUGGGAGAGAGGCAUGGGGCCAGGCAAAAUAGAGGUGAUAUGGCUGCUAUAGAGGCAUGGCUGAAGGAAAGAGGAUUGGGGGAUAUGUUCGAGAGUGUAAUAUUGCAGAGUUGA